GCAAGCAUAGAGAGCUUUGCGCAUGCGCACUAGCAGCGGCGUUCGGGUUGUGUUUACGGCGCUGCUGCUGGUUUGUGCCAUGUUCUGUCAAACCUCUGUGGAAUAAAAACAAAAAAAGUCUUUUGGGGAAACAGGUGAUUCGGCUCACUGAGCGUCAUUCAUGAGUGCGUCCGGCUCGGUGUAGCAGUCAUGGAUGACAUGGCCUCCGUGGGGAAAAUCAGUGCCUCCUCUGACUCGGUGUCCACCCUGAACAGUGAGGACUUUGUCCUGGUGUCCCGCCUCGGGGACGAGACCCCGUCCACGAAUAACGGCAGUGACGAUGAAAAAACAGGCCUGAAGGUGAUUUCUGAGGAAGGGGUCAGCUUUAAGAUUGUGGGGAACGGCAGUGAGCAGCAGUUGCAGAGGGAGCUCGAGGAUGUGCUGAUGGACCCGUCGGUGGCUGACGUGACGCCCGGAUCGGACCACGUGGACAGGGGGGAUCAGGGCUACCCCACCACUGCGGCUCCGCCUCAACCCUGUCCUGCACCUCCGAAACUGGAGAUAGUGCUGCCCGUUCAGGGAUCUCAGCGGGAUGAGAGCUCGGCGAUGAGUCCGGGGACGCCGCUGCUGGACGAGGACAGCGUGGUGUUCAGUAAGCUGACGUACCUGGGCUGUGCAUCGGUUAACGCCCCCCGCAGUGAGGUGGAGGCGCUGCGGAUGAUGAGCAUUCUUCGCAGCCAGUGCCAGUUGCCCCUCGACGUCACUCUCUCCGUACCUGGAGUCUCUGAGGGAACCGUCAGGUUGCUGGACCCUCAGAGCGGGACUGAGAUCGCUAACUACCCCAUCUAUAAGAUCCUGUUCUGUGUUCGGGGUCAUGAUGGGACACCAGAGAGCGACUGUUUCGCCUUCACAGAGAGCCACUACAACUCAGAGAUCUUCCGCAUCCACGUCUUCCGCUGCGAGAUCCAAGAAGCGGUCAGCAGAAUACUCUACAGCUUCGCCACAGCCUUUCGGCGGUCAGCCAAUAAGGCGUCGCUCACAGCUCAGGCUCCGCCCCUCACGCCAGACAGCGACGUUUUCACCUUCACCGUCAGUCUGGAGAUCAAAGAGGAUGAUGGGAAGGGCACCUUCAGCGCCGUUUCAAAGGACAAGGACAGACAGAGCUUCAAGCUUCGUCCUGGGAUGGACAAGAAGAUCGUCAUCUACGUCCAACAGACGUCUAACAAAGAGCUGGCCAUUGAGAGGUGUUUCGGCCUUCUCUUAAGCCCAGGGAAGAAUGUGAGGAACAGUGACAUGCACUUGUUAGACCUGGAGUCCAUGGGGAAGAGUUCAGAUGGUAAAUCUUACAUCAUUACAGGGAGCUGGAAUCCCAACACUCCUCAAUUUCAGGCUGUCAAUGAGGAGACGCCUAAAGAUAAGUUCAUGUACAUGACGACGGCGGUGGAUCUAGUGAUCACGGAGGUGGAGGAGCCGGUGCGCUUCCUGUUGGAGACGCGUGUGAGAGUGUGUCCGCCCACUGACAGGCUCUUCUGGCCUUUUAGCAAGCGCAGCUACACCGAGACCUUCUACUUAAAACUGCGACAGCUGGAAAGGAAGAGUAACACGGACACGCUGUACGAGGUGGUGAGUUUAGAGAGCGAGACCGAGAGAGAGAAGAAGAAAACGACGGCGAGUCCCGGCAUCCUGCCCUCCUCUUCGCACGGCUCCAUGGCGCCCUCGCCUCCUGAGGAUGACGAGGAGGAAGAUAACGAUGAGCCGCUGCUGAGCGGUUCUGGCGAUGUGUCUAAAGAAUGCGCUGAGAAGAUUUUGGAGACGUGGGGAGACCUGCUGUCCAAAUGGCACAUGAACCUGGCCGUACGACCCAAACCGCUCCCGGCGCUCGUCCGCAGCGGCGUCCCCGAAGCCCUCAGGGGGGAGGUGUGGCAACUCCUGGCUGGUUGCCAUAACAACGACCAUCAGGUUGAGGAGUACCGCACGCUCAUUACGAAGGAAUCACCUCAGGACAGUGCCAUCACUCGAGACAUUAAUCGCACAUUUCCAGCACACGACUACUUUAAGGACACGGGAGGCGACGGUCAGGACUCGCUGUAUAAGAUCUGUAAGGCAUACUCGGUGUACGAUGAAGAGAUCGGCUACUGUCAGGGCCAGUCCUUCCUGGCUGCCGUGCUGCUGCUACAUAUGCCGGAGGAACAGGCGUUUAGCGUUCUGGUGAAGAUCAUGUUUGACUACGGUCUCAGGGAACUCUUCAAACAGAACUUUGAAGACCUACACUGCAAGUUCUUUCAGCUGGAGAGACUCAUGCAGGAAUACAUUCCAGAUUUGUACUCGCACUUCUUAAGUAUAGGUUUGGAAGCGCACAUGUACGCCUCCCAGUGGUUCCUCACGCUCUUUACAGCCAAGUUUCCUCUCUACAUGGUGUUUCACAUCAUCGACCUGCUGCUGUGUGAGGGAAUCAGUGUCAUAUUUAAUGUAGCUCUGGCUUUACUGAAGACGUCGAAGGAUGACCUUCUGCAGGCCGACUUCGAGGGAGCGCUGAAGUUCUUCCGUGUGCCGGUGCCCAAGCGGUACCGCUCCGAAGAGAACGCCAAGAAGCUCAUGGAGCUCGCGUGUAGCAUGAAGAUCAGUCAAAAGAAGCUGAAGAAGUAUGAGAAAGAGUAUCACACGAUGCGAGAACAACAAGAACAGCAAGAAGCCCCUAUCGAGAGAUAUGAGAGGGAGAACCGGCGUCUGCAGGAAGCCAACAUGCGUCUGGAGCAGGAGAACGAUGACCUCGCUCACGAGCUGGUCAGCAGUAAGAUCUCACUCAGGAAGGACCUGGACAACGCGGAGGAGAAGGCUGACGCUCUAAACAAAGAGCUCCUCAUCACGAAACAGAAACUGAUCGACUCGGAGGAUGAGAAGAGACGGCUGGAGGAUGAAGCGGCGCAGCUGAAGGAGAUGUGCCGAAGAGAGCUGGACAAAUCGGAGUCAGAGAUCAAAAAGAACGGCUCCAUCAUCGGAGAAUACAAACAGAUCUGCUCCCAGCUAAGUGAACGACUUGAGAAACAGCAGAUGGCUAACAGAGGAGAGCUGGAGAAGAUCCGGAUGAAGGUGGAGGGCUGUGAGAAGUGCAGCGUGCUCUUCAGUAAAGAGGGCCGGCUGAAGGCUCUGAGAGCUCCUAAAGAGCUGAGUGAGGACGAGAUUGACGAGGAGAAAGAAGCUCUGCAGGUGCAGCUCAGGGAGAUGGAGCUGGAACUCGCUCAGACCAAACUGCAGCUGGUGGAGGCCGAGUGCAAGAUCCAGGAUUUGGACCACCAUUUGGCUCUGGCACUCAAUGAAGUGCAAGCGGCUAAAAAGACCUGGUUCAACCGAACUUUAAGCUCCAUUAAGACGGUGACGGGAGCUCAGGGCAAAGAGACCACUUAAAAAUCACCUGUCUGUCUCUCUGUCUUUCUCUCCUUCUCUCUCUCUCUUUCUCUCUCCCUCUCUCUCUCUCUCUCUCCUCUCUAUGGGUCAGUGUGAUGAACUUCCACGGCACCCGAACAGACCUUUUUUUUUUUUUUUUUUUCUUCUUUUUUCUUUUUUGUAAAAAGAUCCAGAUCUUUGCAUAGAGUGAAAAGAAAACACACCGAAUAUACUAAACAGAGGAGGCUUUAGCGCUAGGCUUUAUACUACUGACACACACACACACACACACACACACACACACACACACACAAAACAUUAACACCACACUCAAGCUACUGUUCUACUCCAGACUACUUGCACAAAAUAAACCCACAAACAUCAACAAACUAACAGCCUUCUUUUGGGAAGAUGAGCUUUUAUAAUUUCCGUUUGAUGAUGAAUUUAUGUGAGCUUAUAGGAUUAAUAUGUUAGGGGUGUGUGUGUGUGUGUGUGUGCGCGUACGUACGCACUAAAGGACCCUUGUGCCAUUGACUGUGAGUGACCAUACACGACAGCGAGUUUUCAUCAUCUAAGAAGAGGUGCAAAGUAAAGAAGCACAUUUAUAUAUAAUAAAGAAAAGUAAUGGCACCCCCCUUUUGCUAGUGCGCGCCUGUACUGGCAAUAGCGAUGUACACUAAAGAGAGGAGCGAUGGUCUGAGAAGAAACAGAGAGCGUGAGGGAAUGAAAAAUGGAGGCCUUUAUUAAAGAGAAGUAGCUCCUUUUAUGAUUAAAGGUGCCAUCAGUGAUUUUUAAGUUAUCAUAUUUAUCCUCUGUAUUUAUAAAAUAUUCACUAAGAGGAAAACUCCGGGUCUCUGACUGUAAAUAGGAGAAGAGAGAAAAAAGGAAGUGACAUUUUAAUAAAAGUGGGCCACUAACAUCCAACCAAUCAGGAUAAGGCGGCGUGUGUACGUAAGGAAAAGCUCCGCCUCUAUCGUAGGCAUGUUUUGAUGGCGUGAUUAUGUUUAAUUGCUGAGUACACGUUUAAUCCUUUCGCUGAUACACCUAUUGAUGAGUGAAAGCUCGCACGCGAGUUCGAUCCCUGUUUAUUAGCAUUAACUUUAUCGUCAGUGGAUCGGAGCUCGUCGGAGAGCUGCGUCCUGAAGCACUUAUUUAGCGUGUGUAUGAGAGAAAAUGCUCACACACACACACACACACACACACACACACAUAUGCUCUGAGAAACGGUGAGCACAAACAUGUGGUCGUCUCAGACCUUGUGUGCGUGCGUGUGUGUAUGUGUGCGUGCGUGUGUGUGUGUGUGUGUGUGUGUGCGUGCACAAAAAGGCUGUAUAAAGAACACUCUGUGGGUUUUUAGGUUUUUGCACCUUACAGACAUAUUUAUAACAGAAUCUGGCUCGCUUGAGUUUGGUUGAUGUCACAGGAAGCCCCACUUUUCUCUUGUUAAAAAAAGAAAUAACUAAUUAAGAAGCAGGGGUCAUUCCACGAGGCACUGGCGGCUUGUACAUAAGAAGCAUUAAAGGGUUUUGUUUGUUUGUUUGUUUGUUUGUUUUGUCUGUUUUAUUUUGUAUUUCUACUCCAUGGUAACGUUACUAAUGUUGCCUCAUUGUAUACGUUGCUUUAAGGUUCUGUCUUUAUUGUCGAAAUGCUGUCUCAUCUAUUACAUGCCAAAAUUUAUCCUCGUCCAGCAUUACGUAUGUAUGAACAUGGUAAUAGUGUAGCUGCAUUGUGUAUACUUCAUCAAUUUCAAUAUAAAGCUACCAAACACAAA